GCUUCCCAUAAUCUUAACAAUGACAUUGAUGAUGUGUGUAGAUCCAUUCACAAGAGAAGAAAAACAAUAAGGGAGAGACGAAAAAAUGGAACAUGUAUGAACUCGAAGAUUACCGCUGGAAGACAUAUGGCGAAGCCAAGGAAUCCACCGAUCGGUUGGCGGAAUGGCUCGAUCAACAGGGUCUGAAAGCAGGUGACCGAAUGCUGAUUUAUGCAAAAACCAGACCAGAAUGGAUCCAGAUGGCUCUAGCAUGCUGUUCGGCAGGAAUCGUUAUCAGCACAGCAUACGACAGUAUGCCUCCCGAGGCCGUUGCUCAUAUCAUGCAAGAAACGCAGCCCAAAGCUGUUUUGACAGAGAUAUCACUGAUGGGAACAUUGAACAAGGCUAAAGAAAAGGUCCCGGGAAAGCACGAGCCAUCGUAUUUCAUUUAUGCUGGUGAAGAGUUUGAGGGCGCAGACCAAUUAAAGACCUUCAAGACCCAAAACAAAAACGUUAAAAUUUCUCACUGGAACGAUAUCAUCAACGGAGACGAUAUCAAGCAACAGAAAAAGAAACAUCAGCAAACAAUCCCAAAGCCAGAUGAUAUUGCAAUGAUCAUGUAUACAUCCGGAACUACGGGUGCUCCCAAAGGUAUUGAGCUGACGCAUGGUAACGUUGUAGCUGCCAUGGGAGCAGCUGAGCAUUUGGUGAUGGAUAUUCUUAAUCACGGCCAGCACUGUUACAUUGGGUUCCUUCCUUUAGCACAUGUACUGGAGUUCAUUAUUGAGUUCAUUGCAAUUUCUACGGGUAUUCCUAUUGGUUAUGCCACUCCGCGUACCUUGAUGAGCGAUUCUGUAUGCGGUAAAGACGGCCAAGGCAAGGGUAAAGGCGACCUGGAAACUCUUGCGCCUACCAUUAUGGCCGGUGUACCUGCUAUUUGGGAAAAGAUCCGAAACGGCGUAUUGACCGAGUUGGAGAAGCAGCACUGGACACUUAGAAAAGCAUUUGAAGCAGCAGUCGAGCUGAAAUGGCAAAUGCUCUGUUUCUUUGGUCAAGAAAACAUGUUGACUCGAGCAUUCGACGCCACACUAUUUGCUCCUGUUCGUGCCAAGCUUGGUGGUCGGCUUAUGUAUGGUAUAUCGGGCGGCGCUCCACUUUCACUCAAUACACACAAGUUUGUGGCAAGCACGCUUUGUUUCCUCUUGCAGGGUUAUGGUUUGACAGAAUGCACGGGAUUGGCAGCUAUUACUGUCCCAGCUCUAGGCAUGAUUACCGGCUCUAUUGGUCCUCCAUCUCCCUCGAUCGAAUUCAAGCUUGUUGACGUGCCUGAGACCGACUAUAAGGCCGAACACGGAAUUGGCGAAUUGCUCGUACGUGGACCCUCACUGAUGCAUGGAUAUUUUCAGCGACCAGACCUGAACAAGGAAGCAUUUGACAAAGACGGAUGGUUCAAGACCGGUGACGUUGCACGGCUCCGUGAGGAUGGCUCAUUUGCUAUCACAGACCGAGCAAAGAACCUGGUCAAGUUGGCUCACGGCGAGUACAUUGCCCUCGAGAGUUUGGAAUCGACUUACAGAAACAACAACAGCAUCAAGAACAUUUGUAUCCAGGCUGACAGCGACAAGGACUAUAUCAUUGCAGUCGUCGAGCCAACGGACAAGAAUGCAGACAAGGAGUCGCUUUUGAAGGAGUUGCAGGAUACAGCGCGCAAAGCGGAUUGUAACCGAGCCGAAAUCAUCAAGGAUAUUCUCAUCACCAAAGACGUCGAGUGGAGCGAAAAGUACCUUUCUAACAGUGGAAAGUUGAAGCGAAAGGAUAUCGAAAAGGAUUAUAAGGAUGACAUUGAAGAGAUUUACAAAUAAGAAUGCAUGGCAUAUAUUGCCGCUCCUACUCCUACUCCAUCUCUCAUUUAAAAUUUAUAUACAUUUGGUAUAUUAAACUCACCAUUUCCAUGUCACUGCCAAGGUGUAAGAGCGCUCAUGUACGGUUAGCCAAAACGGCUCUCAUCAUAAACUCGAUGUGUUCCUCAUGUUAUUUGAGACACUUCUUUUACAUUGCCAAAGUAUUAAGAAAUCGAGGGAGAAGAAAAGAAUAUCUUUGCUCUAGACCAUUCGAUGUUUCAAUAGAAAU